GAGGGCAAUUCAGUCAUCCAAAUUUCCAGUUCAUUCAAAUCACUCGUGUUUGAUAUUUCUGUCAAGUAGAAGUAGUAGAAGUAAUCUUUCUUCUUCUUCUUCUUCUUCUUCUUCUUCUUCAGCGACCGAUUCAAUUGCGGAUUGCGUGGCAGAGAGAGAGAGAGAGAGAUGGCGAGGAGACCGGACGAGGAAUACGAUUACUUGUUCAAGGUGGUGUUAAUCGGCGAUUCAGGGGUCGGCAAAUCCAACCUCCUCUCCCGAUUCCCUUGCAACGAGUUCUGCCUCGAAUCCAAAUCUACCAUCGGCGUCGAAUUCGCCACCCGCACUCUCCAGGUUGAGGGCAGAACUGUUAAGGCUCAGAUAUGGGACACAGCAGGACAGGAGCGAUACAGAGCAAUCACCAGUGCCUAUUAUAGAGGUGCGCUCGGAGCUCUUCUUGUUUACGAUGUGACAAAGCCAACCACUUUUGAAAAUGUCAGCCGGUGGUUGAAGGAGCUGAGAGACCACGCAGAUGCCAACAUCGUCAUCAUGCUCAUCGGGAACAAGACUGAUUUGAAGCAUCUCAGAGCGGUUGCUACAGAGGAUGCACAAGGUUUUGCUGAGAAAGAAGGCCUUUCAUUCAUUGAAACAUCAGCUCUAGAAGCAAUAAAUGUCGAGAAGGCGUUCCAGACGAUCCUCUCUGAGAUAUAUCGGAUAAUUAGCAAGAAGUCGCUUUCUUCAGAUGAGCCAGCACCUGCUAGCAUUAAAGAAGGGAAAACUCUUGUUGUCGGAGGUUCUGAGGUUAACGCAAAGAAGACUUGCUGCUCUACAUCUUAAAAGGUCGUUAUUUGUUCAUUUCAAAUUUUCCUCUAUUUAAUCUUGCCUUGCCCUACUUUCAGUUUCAUUCAACAAAUCUAUUGUUUUGAAUAUUGUAUUUUUAUUGUUUUGUCUUCAAAAUUUAUUUGGCCUAUUGUUGUUGGGAUGGUUAUGGGUUUUUAUUAUUAUUUUUUAUUUUUAUGGA